GAGAGGUAGGAGGUAGCAGUUUUUGUUGUGUUGAAUUCUUGAAAAUUGGAUUAUUUUGUGUUUGAACUUUGAAGAAUAUCUCAAAAAUACUAUUUACAGCAGGUUAAUCCUGUAUGUGAUUAGUGUUAUUUUGUAGGAAUCAGACGAUAUGGUCGAUAACGAAAGAUUAAGGCAAUGGCUUUGUAAUUAUCAGAAUCCUGAUGGAGCUUUUAGAGAUGUACUGAGUGUAGUGAAACAAUACAGGGGUCUACAUCCUGAACAAGACAUAUACACUUUCAAUGAUGGAACAAGAAUGGAAUUGGUUAAUUUGUGUGGUACUAUACCUGUUAAAUACAAAGGAUCUGUUUACAAUAUCCCAAUUUGUAUAUGGUUAAUAGACACACAUCCAAAAAAUGCACCCAUUUGCUAUGUUAAACCUACUUCUGAUAUGGCUAUUAAAGUGUCAAUGUUUGUUGAUCAGAAUGGAAAAAUCUAUCUGCCUUACCUACAUGAUUGGAUUCCAAAUUCUUCAGAUUUACUAGGUCUCAUCCAAGUGCUCAUUGUGACAUUUGGUGAGCAACCUCCAGUAUUUGCCAGAGCAAAAGAGGGUAGUGAUAUGCCAUAUCCAUCAAACUCUUUCAUGCCGCAACCUUCCGCCGGUUACAUGCCCCCCACGUACCCCCCCAACACCUAUCCCCCCUCUGCCAGCGGCUUCGGCGGCUAUCCCCCCUACCCGCCGAAGACCGCCAACGCCUACCCCGUUUAUCCCCCUUACCCGGCGCCCUACACCCCCUAUCCCGCGGGGGGUGGUUUCCCGGGGGCCACCGGGACCAUCAAGGACGAGCACAUCAGAGAGUCCCUCCUGAGCGCCAUCGAGGACAAGCUGUUGAGAAGGAUGAAGGAGCAGUUCCAGCAGGGCCAAGCCGAGUGCGAGACGCUGAAGAGGACGCAGGACGAGCUGAAGCAGGGCAAGACGAAGCUGGAUGGUAUAUUGAGUCGGAUGGAGAAGGAGAAGAAUGAUUUGGACAAGAACAUAACGUUAUUGCAAGAUAAGGAACAAGAGUUAGACAAAGCCAUAGAAAGGAUAAGCAAUCAGGAGUCCAUAGAUGUUGAUGAUGCUGUUAUAACAACUGCUCCUUUGUACAAACAGUUGUUGAAUGCCUUUGCUGAAGAAGCUGCCUUAGAAGAUGCAAUCUAUUACAUGGGGGAAGCACUCAGAUGUGGUGUGAUAGAUCUCGAUGUCUUCUUGAGACAAGUUAGAACAUUGUCACGCAAACAGUUCAUGCUUCGCGCCUUGAUGCAGAAGUGUCGUCAAAAAGCUGGACUCUCGGUUUGAAUAGAUUUGAAAUAUUGGUUAAAUGGUUAGGCAUAUUAUUUUGAUGUUAUAUAUUUCUUAUUUUAGUCAAAAUCAAUUAUAUUGUUAGGUAGGUUUAACAAACAGUUUUAUCGUUCACAUAUAUUCUUUAUUAUAUUAAUAUACAGCUCAUCUUCUGA